GUUAGGCCUAAACUGGUUGUGUGUAACGGACCGGGAGUUUGUAUUCCCAUCUGUUUGUCCGCUAAACUACUUUUAAGAGACGUUCGCAUUGUUUUUGUGGAAAGUUUUUGUAGAACUCAAUCCCUUUCCCUCUCCGGAAGAAUACUCUAUUUUUGCCGCAUUUGCGACCACUUCUUAGUCCAAUGGCCACAACUCACUCACCGAUACAAUAGAGCCAAAUAUAUCGGACUUUUAAACUGUUUUUGGAUGUUUGAGUUGGAAGUGUGGACUUCCACUCACAGGAUAACUAACUGUUUUUGGAUGUUUGAGUUGGAAGUGUGGACUUCCACUCACAGGAUA